AUGGCAGAGGCCGCGGCUGGAGUGAGCCGCUUCAAGGCCAACUAUGCCGUGGAGUGCAAGAUUGAACCUUUCUACAAGGGCGGGAAGGUGCAGCUUGACCAAGCUGGGCAGCACCUCUUCUGCGUCUGUGGCACCAGAGUCAACGUCCUGGAGGUGGCCUCGGGGGCCGUGCUGCGGAGCCUGGAACAGGAGGACCAGGAGGACGUCACUGCCUUCGACCUGAGCCCUGAUGACGAGGUGCUGGUGACAGCCAGCCGGGCACUGCUGCUGGCCCAGUGGGCCUGGCGAGAGGGCACCGUCACACGCCUGUGGAAGGCAGUGCACACGGCCCCUGUGGCCACCAUGGCCUUUGAUCCCACCUCUACACUGCUAGCCACAGGCGGCUGUGACGGGGCCGUGCGUGUCUGGGACAUCGUACGGCACUAUGGGACGCACCACCUGCGGGGCUCACCUGGCGUCGUGCAUGUGGUGGCCUUCCACCCGGACCCGGCACGCCUGCUGCUCUUCUCCUCAGCGGCAGAUGCCGCCAUCCGCGUGUGGUCCCUGCAGGACCGGUCAUGCCUGGCCAUGCUGACCGCCCAUUACAGUGCUGUCACCUCCCUGGCGUUUAGUGCCGACGGCCACACCAUGCUCAGCUCCGGCCGAGACAAGAUCUGCAUCAUCUGGGACCUUCGGAGCCACCGGGCCACCAGGACGGUGCCAGUGUUUGAGAGCGUGGAGGCCGCCGUGGUGUUGCCAGAGGAGCUGGCACCUGAGCUGGGGGUGAAGUCCCCGGGCCUGCACUUCCUGACAGCUGGUGAUAAAGGCUUGCUGCGUGUGUGGGAGGCAGCAUCCGGGCAGUGUGUGUACACACAGCCGCAGCUGCCAGGCCCCGGGCAGGAACUGAGCCACUGUGCCCUGGCCCGCACUGCCGGCCUGCUCCUCACUGCCACUGCCGACCACACCCUGCUGCUCUACGAGGCGCGCUCGCUACAGCUGUGCAAACAGUUUGCAGGCUACAGUGAGGAGGUACUGGAUGUCCGCUUCCUGGGGCCCGAGGACUCCCACAUCAUCGUGGCCUCCAACAGCCCCUGCCUGAAGGUGUUUGAGCUGCAGACGUUGGCCUGCCAGAUCCUCCACGGCCAUACAGAUAUCGUCUUGGCCCUGGACGUGUUCCGGAAGGGAUGGCUCUUUGCCAGUUGUGCCAAGGACCAGACCGUUCGCAUCUGGAGGAUGAACAAGGCUGGCAAGGUGGCCUGUGUGGCUCAGGGCUCUGGGCACACACACAGCGUGGGCACCCUCUGCUGCUCCAGAUUGAAGGAGUCCUUUCUGGUGACGGGCAGCCAGGACUGCACGGUGAAGCUGUGGCCGCUCCCCCAAGCCCUGCUGUCGAAAAGUGCCGCCCUCGACGAGAACCCCCUCCUCCUGCAGGCCCAGGUCACGCAGCACUGCCACGACAAGGACAUCAACAGUGUGGCUAUCGCCCCCAAUGACAAGCUGCUGGCCACGGGCUCCCAGGACCGCACGGCCAAGCUCUGGGCCCUGCCACAGUGCCAGCUGCUGGGCGUCUUCUCAGGCCACCGUCGGGGCCUCUGGUGUGUACAGUUCUCGCCCAUGGACCAGGUGCUAGCCACAGCCUCAGCCGACGGUACCAUCAAGCUCUGGGCCCUGCAGGACUUCAGCUGCCUCAAGACCUUUGAGGGGCACGACACCUCGGUGCUGAAGGUGGCCUUUGUGAGCCGGGGCACCCAGCUGCUGUCCAGCGGCUCUGACGGGCUUUUAAAGCUCUGGACCAUCAAGAACAACGAGUGCACGCGGACGCUGGACGCCCACGAGGACAAGGUCUGGGGGCUGCACUGCAGCCGGCUGGACGACCGAGCCCUCAGCGGUGGCAGUGACUCCCGGGUCAUCCUCUGGAGGGACGUGACAGAAGAGGAGCAGGUGGAGGAGCAGGCCAAGCGGGAGGAGCAGGUGGUCAGGCAGCAGGAAUUGGCCAACCUGCUUCAUGAGCGACAGUACCUGCGGGCACUGGGCCUGGCCAUCUCCCUGGACCGGCCCCACACAGUGCUGACCGUCAUCCAAGCCAUCCGCCGGGACCCCGAGGCCUGCGAGAAGCUGGAAGCCACGGUGCUCCGACUGCGGCGAGACCAGAAAGAGGCCCUGCUGCGUUUCUGCGUCACCUGGAACACCCACUCGCGGCACUGCCACGCGGCUCAGGCCGUGCUGCUGGUGCUGCUCCGGCACGAGUCCCCCGAGGAGCUGCUGGCCUACGAGGGUGUCCGGGCCGCCCUGGAGGCCCUGCUGCCCUACACUGAACGGCACUUCCAGAGGCUCAGCCGGACUCUGCAAGCGGCCAGCUUCCUGGACUUCCUGUGGCACAACAUGAAACUGUCCCCGCUCCCUGCCACCUCCCCUGCCCUCUGA